UGAUCUACAUAUUGUAUAUUUGUGACAUCACAAAUGGACAGAAAUCCUGACGGCUUGUUCCUGGAUACGAGUAUUUCUUUAUAUGUGUAUUUCUACGUAUAUAUUGAGCGUUUUCAUACUUUCACAGUAUUUAUAUAAAACACUUAAAGCUGCUUUAUAAUAUAAAAGACAUGAAAAUCACACUUUUUAUAAUAUGGGACCUUUAAACAUAGAUUCAUCACUGAUGUCCUAAAGAGCUCAAUGUGUAGACGGCUGAACGGUGUCUGUAGCUGAAGUUAUGCAGGAGGAGUUAAAGGGUUAAACGCUGAGUCAGCAUUCAGCAGCAAUGCCUGCUGGGAAACAGGAGGGUUGAAUCUGCUCUGUAGUUUCCAUGGCAACACAUAAUAAUAAUAAUAAUAAUAAUAAUAGUAAUCCAAUAAUCCAUCAAUAACCCAGUUUGAUCUCAAGUGUUCCUGUUACUGUGUUCACACACACACACACACACACACACACUGAGACAAGCUCACACCCAGUGGAGUGUGUGUGUGACUCAGUGUGUGUGUGGUGGUGGGUGUGGUCUGCAUGUGUGAGCAGGGUGUGUCUAUGUGUGUGUGUGUGUGUGUUGUAGAUGUGUGUAGCAGGGCGUGGCUCCUCAGAGGGUUAAACUGUCUCCUGUUUCUCACCUGGUCACUUUGUGUCUGCAGCUCUCGGAGGAACCUCUCAGAUCCCAGCUGAUCAACAUGGACCUGUCCGACGCUCUCAGCAACCAACAAUCCACCCCCACCUGGCCAGGUGGUCAAGGUAUAGGUGCCUGGCCCAACCAACCCAACCAACUCCCCCAGCCCAGUUGGCCCGGUCAGCCCGGUCAGCCCACCCAGCCCAGUUGGCCCGGUCAGCCCGGUCAGCCCACCCAGCCCAGUUGGCCCGGUCAGCCCGGUCAGCCCGGUCAGCCCAGUUGGCCCGGUCAGCCCGGUCAGCCCACCCAGCCCAGUUGGCCCGGUCAGCCCACCCAGCCCACCCAGCCCAGUCAGCCCAGUUGGCCCGGUCAGCCCACCCAGCCCCCCCAGCCUGCCUGGCCCGGUCAGCCCAGCCAGCCCGGUCAGCCCGGUCAGCCCAGCCAGCCCACCAAGCCCGGCUGGCCCAGUCAGCCCAGCCAGCCCACCCACCCCGGCUGGCCCAGUCCCUCCCCUCAGAGUCUGGUGGUUCCUUACAGUCAGAGGUUGCCCAAUGGAGUUUAUGACAAACUGCUGAUCACCAUCGCUGGAAUCAUCAAACCCAACGCUGACAAGAUCACGGUGGAUCUGUGCACACCUCAAGGCCAGGCCUUCCACUUCAACCCUCGCUUCAAUGAAGGGGGCAGGAAGGUGAUAGUCAGGAACAGCUGCAUCGACACCAAGUGGGGGAGGGAGGAGAGAGAGCUGUCCAACUUCCCCUUCGUCCAGGGACAACCGUUUGAGAUAAAGAUCAUGUGCUCCAGCUCAGAGUAUAAGGUCGCCGUCAACAACAAUCACCUGCUGACGUUCCAACACCGGGUCAGGGACCUGAGAUCCAUCUGCAACCUCAACGUUUGCUACGACCUCACCCUGACCACGGUCAAUAUGGAGACUGUAAACUGAGGCAGAUCACCGGAUCCACAGGAGAUCUGCUGUGGAUCCACCAGAGAUCUGUUGGGGAUCCACAAGAGAUCUACUGUGGAUCCACCAAAGAUCUGUUGGGGAUCCACCAGAGAUCUACUGUGGAUCCACCAGAGAUCUGUUGGUGAUCCACCAGAGAUCUACUGUGGAUCCACCAGAGAUCUGUUGGGGAUCCACCAGAGAUCUACUGUGGAUCCACCAGAGAUCUGUUGGGGAUCCACCAGACAUCUACUGUGGAUCCACCAGAGAUCUACUGUGGAUCCACCAGAGAUCUAUUAGGGAUCCACCAGAGAUCUACUGGGGAUCCACCAGAGAUCUACUGUGGAUCCACCAGAGAUCUACUGGGGAUCCACCAGAGAUCUACUGGGGAUCCACCAGAGAUCUGUUAGGGAUCCACCAGAGAUCUACUGGGGAUCCACCAGAGAUCUAGCGGAGAUUAUCAGUAGAUCCACAAUAGAUCCUCAUGAAUCCAGAUAUAUGUUGACUAGAUGUGUGGAUGCUUCUUGGUAAAGUGAUCAUAACGUGUUCUUCUAUCAGAGGUGGUUCUCAGUGGAUCCUCUUGUUCUAGUUCUUCUAUCAGAGGUGGUUCUCAGUGGAUCCUCUUGUUCUAGUUCUUCCUGUUUGUCUCAUAUGAAUGAAUAAAUAAAGGGUGCAUCUUAA